AUGCCAAAUGAGGGAAGUGAUAAGGUAGAGCAAGGAUUAGACGCAGACCCCUUGGGAAUCGAUAAGCUGAGCGUCGAUUACGACUAUCUGUUGUACAAGAUCCGCGACCAUGUGGAAUCCAUUCAACUGCAGACCACACAGCUCUGUAGGACACAGAAUGAACUUGUCACGAAUGAAAUAGUCGAAAAUAUUAUUGACAGGAACAUCUCCGAAUUUAAGCUUCUGUUGGAGAAAUGUGAAGAAUUGGAGAACCAUUUCGACAUGUUAGACCAAAUUGCAAUCAUUACAGAAUCCUUCAAUGAUAGGAUAUCUGCGAUUAUAGCAGAUUAUAAGCAAAUCAAAAGGAGGUAG